AUGAAUUCAAAUGGCGAGACAAAAAGCAUACAAAAUGCCUGCUUCAUCGGUGCAGGAUAUGUAGGCGCAUUGACAGCCAUCGUGCUCGCAAUGAAUAAUCCCAGCAUUCAAUUCCGUGUGGUCGAUAAAGAUCCACGCCAAAUAGCUGCGUGGAAUUCAGACAAUCUGCCUAUUUAUGAGCCGGGGUUGGAAGAUGUAUUUUUUGACGAUGUUGGAAAAUCAGAACAAAAUGGAGAUUCCAGACGACGAAAGUUGGAGAAUAUCUCUUUUUCCACUGAUAUAAAUGGCUACAUUACUACAGCUGAUAUGAUAUUUUUAUGCGUUGAUACUCCAGCCGAUAUGACAUCUCCAGAAAGCGAUGAGAUAAAAGGGCUCAACCUGACCAAUCUAGAAGCUGCUGUUAAAGCAAUAGCGAAGGCAUCAACAGGACAUAAAAUUAUUGUACAAAAAAGUACAGCACCAUGCGGCAUUGUCCAUCGGAUCUGGGAUAUCCUAGAAAAGACAUCAUCACCAUCGGCAUCCUUUGAUAUAUUAUCAAAUCCAGAAUUCCUGGCUCAGGGCAGCGCUAUUCACAAUCUCUUACAUCCUAACAGAGUCGUCCUCGGCCAUAUCAUGUCAAAUAGUACGGACUCUUCAUCCAACUCUCUAUCAGCUCUCAAAAACCUAUAUACAUGGAUCCCCACAGACCGCAUCAUCACAACAGAUGCCUGGUCAUCCGAGCUCGGCAAGAUCGCCUCCAACGCCUUCAUCGCCCAGCGAAUAAGCAGCAUCAACUCCAUCAGUGCAAUCUGCGAAUCCACAAACGCCAACAUCUCCGACAUCUCACAAAUAGUCGCUACAGAACCACGAAUAGGCCCACAGUCUCUCCGUGCAGGCUUCGGAUUUGGUGGGUCCUGUCUGAGGAAAGACGUGUGCUGUUUGAUUUAUCUUGCGAGGGAAUUGGGGCUGGAUGAGGUGGCGGACUACUGGCGGGCGGUGAUUAAGCUGAAUGACUUUCAGAAUAGGCGGAUUGCGAGUCGUGUUCUGGAAUGUUUACCAGCAGAGUUGGGGGAGAGGAAGGUGGCUGUGCUGGGAUUUGCGUUCAAAAAGGAUACGAUCGAUACGAGGAAUUCGACUGCGAUUGAGUUUAUUCGGGAUCUGGUGCGACGGGGGGUGUGUGUUGCUGUUUAUGAUCCUCGAGUACCGAAGGGACAUAUUGAACGGGCUUUACAGUUUCUCGGAAAUGAAGCUGCUAAUAUUACAAUAGCAGACAGCGUGGAUAUGGCAUGUAUGGGGUGUAAUGCCAUUAUCCUCCAUACAAAUUGGGAUGAAUUCCGUGACAUUUCAUGGAAAGAUACUGCCAGUCAGAUGAAAGAUCCACGGCUGUUAUUAGAUCCAUGUGAAGCAUUGCAUCAUGAUGUUAUGCGAAAGUAUGGAUUUAACGUGUUAGAGGUUGGAAAAAGACAUGUAUGA